GAUGCUAGCAGGCAAGCAUCCGUUCUACGAACCGGGCCGUGACGACUACAAGGGUUGUAGAAGCAAAAUCAUGUACACGGACCCGGAUUGGCGCCGGUUGCAGCUUGCUGGUGGAGCCGAAGUAUCGGGUCUAGUGCCACUCGACGAGGGGGAUAACAAUCUAACGCGAAUGAAGACGAUUCGGAGAGAUGGAAAGUACCACUCGAGAGUUAAAUUUUUCCUAUGUGCAUGCAUGUUGCUGCCUAUUUAUUUGUGUUUCAUUUUAUUCUAUAACAGAGUAGUUUAUAGCUAUAGCACGCCCACGCGUGGCGCAUCCUAUAACAGAGUAGUUCUUUAUAGCACGCGCGGCGCAUGGAGCGCAGAUCCAUAAUGGACGCAAGAAGCGCCCCCUUUAGCUCCAUGUAACGCCAUGCGAUCCAUGCACUCCAUGCCAUGCGAGCUGUGAAACCUUAGGGAUUCUUCUGCUAUAAAUCCACUUUGCCCACCUCCGCGGAUGAAGUGGCAGGCAGUAGAUCCACUUGCUUCAAGAGAAGCCUGCGCCUCUGCUUGUUGUCCUUCUCGUGGCGUAUCUAGUGGCACUCGUCAUCAUUACAAACACUGCGAAGCUCAUACUCCUCGAUGAUCAUUGGAUAAAAUGGAAGAAAUAAAUCUUAAAAUGCUCGACGGCAGGCAUCUUUGCUCGCGCUUGUUGGAGAAGGAACCGCAAAAGCGAUUGUCCGCGCGACAGGCGAUGGCAUACCCUUUCGUGCGUCUCUAUCUAGCUGAUAGUACGUCCUCCUUUUCGGCCGGCACAUCGGGAGAAGACAUGCUCCAGAUCUUGCAAGAGCAGGCUUUUCGCGCUCUCUUCCUUUUCGCUCGCCUGGACCGGCUUUCGCAGGCGACGCUCAGAUUAGUGGCGAAGGAGCUCGAUGAGCCCCACAUAUCACCGGAGUUUCGUGCGCUCUUCUCCCGCAUGGAUGGGGACGGCGACGGACUCAUCAACCGGACUGAACUGAUUGAGCAGGCUGCUGCGUGGGAUCCCAAGGACGUGAAGCUUCUCGCAGCCGCAUUAGCCACUUCCUCGGCAGCGUCCUCCGCAGCGAACGGCGAUCGAGGAGGAGCCACGGCGCGCGCUGAAUCGCACCUCAGCUACCGCGACCUGCUUGCGGCAUUGUGGUUAAUGCCUCUGGUCGUAGCUGAAAGACCCGAUGGGGACAACGAAAACGGGAUAAAACUUGCUGCUGGUUGUAAUGUCGUGACGCCAAAAGAUACAGUUGGAACCGGAAGCGCGCUGCUAGCGGACAUUUUCCCAAGGUUUGCGCUUGGACAGGACAGUGGGAUCACGAGGGCGUCGCUGAGGUAUACACUUGCGCCCUCGCAGUGUCAUGCCAAGACACGAGCGACGGGCCUCAACGGUUUCGAGCGCGUCACGUCAGAGGAGCUAGAUGCAAUUUUUGCGUUUUACGCCUCUACCUCUUCUGCGGACCACCCCGACGAAAGGAGAAGGAGUCAUGCUAGUCCAGAAAGUAUUUCGUAUGAACAGUAUCGUGCAGGCUUUCGAAAACUACAACGGCAAUAUGCAGCAGAGUCAGCGCGAAUGUCCUUGACCUCGACAAUUGGUGGCGUUUGAACUCCGUGCACGUGCGCGUGGAGUGAUACUUUUUUUUGGUUUUUUCUGGUUUUGUAACAGAUGAGUCGCAUGAUUCUUUUGCUUUCCCUCAGAAAAGUCGAAUAUUGAACAUAGUUCACUAUAAGUAAUCGGACGACCACGACGAGGACGACGAGGUUACUAGCAAGUUUUCUUCUUCAUUCCUUCAAAACAUCUAAGGGCCAGCUCUCGCACAUUCCAGGAGCUUACUCUGUGGUCUGUACAAAAAAGCCAAGUGCAUGAUAGAUUGACUAACUACUUAUGUCUUUUAGCAAACAGUUGCAGUUCAUCCUGUG